AUGACUAACUGCUCUCUGACAUGCUAUAAAAGAGGAGACAGAGGCCACAUGCAGCUAGAUAUAAAUAUCAGAGAGCAUAUCAGGCACAUUGACAAGGCGGUGUCAACCAAGGAGCCUCGCUAUGUCAUGCGUGUGGUGCGGGCCCUGGUGACAACAAGAAGAAAACUAAAUCAUAAUGUGCUUAGGAAGGCCAUCACAGGCUGCUACCCUGCUGCCUCUGAGGCCAAGGCUGAUCUGCUGUCUUUUCUGGAUGAGGCCAUGGACACAGACAGUGGCACUGCCAGUCCCUUCAGACUGAGGUCAGCCAGGAGUCCACUGGUACAACUCCUCCCUGAAGUGGACAUCUACCUACACCUCCUGGUCACCAUACAUCUGAUAGAUACCAAGAAAUAUGAUAAAGCUGUCAAAUGUUCCGACUUGUUGAUGAAGAAACUCCUGAACCAGAACAGAAGGACACUGGAUCUGCUGGGUGCCAAGUCAUAUUUCUAUUACUCCAGAGCAUAUGAACUCACCAAUCAGCUAGAGAGGAUUAGAAGUUUUCUCCAUCAGCGCUUGAGAACGGCCACCCUGCGAGGAGACCAUGAGGGUCAGGCCACUCUGCAGAACCUGUUGUUGAGGAACUAUCUCCACUGUAAUUUGUACGACCAGGCAGAUAAACUGGUCUCCAAAUCCACCUUUCCAGAGAGUGCUUCUAAUAACGAGUGGGCUAGAUAUCUGUAUUACUUAGGUCGUAUCAAGGCGCUGCAGUUGGAAUACUCCGAGGCCCACAAGAACCUCCUCCAGGCUAUCAGGAAGGCUCCCCAGCAUGCAGCUGUAGGGUUCAAACAAACCGUUCAUAAAUUCCUAGUGACUGUGGAACUGCUGCUAGGAGACAUUCCUGAUAGAUCUACAUUUAGGCACAAAGAACUCAAGAAGUCACUGGCACCGUACUUUCAACUCACUCAAGCUGUGAGGACAGGGAACCUUGCUAAGUUCAACCAGGUCCUGCAGGAGUAUGGGGCCAAAUUCCAGGCCGAGGGAACGUACACCUUGAUCAUCCGCCUGCGACACAAUGUCAUCAAAACUGGAGUCAGGAGCAUUAAUGUGUCGUACUCUCGCAUUUCCCUGACGGACAUCGCACAGAAACUUCAGAUGGACAGCCCUGAGGAUGCGGAGUACAUUGUGGCAAAGGCUAUUCGUGAUGGUGUAAUUGAAGCUACGAUAGACCACGAUAAAGGCUACGUCCAGUCUAAAGAGAACAUUGACAUUUACAGUACGAGCGAGCCCAUGAUGGCCUUUCAUCAGAGGAUUGCCUUCUGUUUAGACAUACACAAUAAUUCUGUCAAGGCCAUGCGCUUUCCACCAAAGUCUUAUAACAAGGACCUUGAAUCUGCAGAGGAACGCCGUGAGAGAGAACAACAGGAACUGGAAAGCGCCAAAGAAAUUGCCGACGAAGAUUUUGACGGAUUCCCGUAAUAAAUGAAGGCAGCCUAGCAGUUCAUAGAUUGUUUUCAGGAGAUAGUAUCUAUAAAGACAAAAGCAUGGACCAAUACUAUUGUAAAUGAGCAUUUGAAUGUAUCUCAAGACAGGCGAACAUCACGAUCCUAUGAAAUGAACUCGAAGGGUAUUUUGAAG